GUCAGCCCCGGGAGGCCCCGGCGGAGCGGGACGAGGCCGCAGCGGCGGGGCCGGGCCAUGGAGAGCCCCGGCGGCAGCGGCUCCCUGCGGGGCGACAUCAGUUUCUGGGCGGACCGCACGCCGGUGCACGAGGCCGCGCGGCGCGGGGAGAUCCGGCGGCUGCAGCAGCUGAUCGAGAGCGGCGCCUGCGUCAACGCCGUCACCUACGACUCCAUCACCCCCCUGCACGAGGCCAGCCUCAGGGGACAGACCCAGUGUGUCAAACUGCUGCUGGACGCGGGGGCCCAGGUGGACGCGCGGAACAUCGACGGCAGCACGCCGCUGUGCGACGCGUGCGCCUCGGGCAGCGUGGAGUGCGUCAGGGUGCUGCUGUCGCACGGGGCCAAGGUGAACCCGCCGCUGUACACGGCCUCGCCGCUGCACGAGGCCUGCAUGAACGGCAGCCCGGAGUGCGUGCAGCUGCUGAUCGAGGUGGGUGCCAACCUGGAGGCGCACGACUGCCACUUCGGGACGCCCCUGCACGUGGCCUGUGCCCGCGAGCACCUGCACUGUGCCAAGCUGCUGCUGCAGGCAGGAGCCAACGUGAACGCGGCCAAGCUGCACGAGACGGCGCUGCACCACGCGGCCAAGGUGCGCAACGUGGACCUGGUGGAGCUGCUGGUGGAGUUUGGAGGGAACAUCUACGCCCGGGACAACCGGGGCAAGAAACCCUCGGAUUACACCUGGAGCAGCAGCCCCACGGCCAAGUGCUUCGAGUUCUAUGAGAAGACGCCCCUGAGCCUGGCCCAGCUGUGCCGGGUGACGGUGCGGAGAGCGGCCGGGCGCCGGGGGCUGCACGAGAUCUCCAAGCUGCAGAUUCCCCCCAGGCUCAUCCAGUACCUCUCCUACAACUGACAGAGCCAGGAAAAGCCUGCAAUUCCCGGGAAAAGCCUGCAAUUCCCGGGAAAAGCCUGCAAUUCCCAGGAAAAACCCCACAGCAUCGGAGGAGUUCUCCUUCUCUUCUACCUCCCCCCCCCAAAAAACCCCAUUUUAAUUUAAUUUCAGGCGCUGCUGUAAAUAGGAUUUGUCAGGAAUUCCUCUUUUCUGUGAGUUUUCUUGGAAUUUCCCAGGUGGAAUUUUAGCCUCUCCCAGGUGGGAGUCCCUGAUUUUCCUGGAUUUCCUCUUUGGGAUCCAGCCAGCGGGGAGAGAAAUGGGAUAACUGUGGAGUGGGAAUCAUUCCAGCUGGGAAUUCCAUGCUCUGGAGCAGCUCUGGUCCCAUUUUAAUCCCAUUUUUAUCCCGUUUUUCCCAUUUUUACCCCGUUGUCCCCUGCAUGGACCCCUCUGAUCCCAUUUCUGAUCCCAAUUUUCCCAUUUUUAUCCUGUUUUUCCCUGCAGGGAUCAUCCAUCCCCUUUUGGAUGAUCCAGCCUGGAAUGACCCAGGACCCCUUUCCCUGCUGGCUGCAGAGCAACUGGGAGGGGAAAUCCUUGGAUUUCCAAAUCCUUGGAUUUGAUGGGAUCCCACCCUUGGGAAUAACUCCAGUGACAGCUGCGAGCCCUGCUGGGGGCAAAUUAAUUCCCUGUUCAUUCAUUCAUUCAUUCCCUAAAUUAACGAUUCCCUAAAUUAACAAUCCCCUAAAUGAAUUCCCUAAAUGAAUUCCCUAAAUUAAUCAGCUCAGGGCUAAUUAGAGGCACUGCAGCUCGUUCAUUUAGGGAAUUUUUAGGGUUUUCCAGGAGCAUCCAGAGGCUUUGGGUCAACACCAGGAAUGAGGAGAGGCCAGGCUGGGAUUGGCUGUGUCCCAUUCCCAAUCCCAUUCCCACUCCCAAUCUCAUUCCCAUUACCAAUCCCACUCCCAUUCCCACUCCCAUUCCCAAUCCCACUCCCAAUCCCA